UUCGUUAACUUAUCUACGAAUCUCCAAACCCUAAAAGCGCUCUCUCUCUCAUCCACAAACGCUAAAACUCAAACCUUUUGGGCAGUUUGGCGUUGAGGAGAGCCUAAGAAGCGAAUCAACGAUGGUUUUCUACUUCAAAGCCCGACCAGAGGCUGGUGAUUACACCAUUUUCAUGGGUCUCGAUAAGCACGAGAACGAAGAGUUGAUCAAAUAUGGUUUCCCCGAAGACAUCUGGUUUCAUGUGGAUAAGAUGUCCUCAGCCCAUGUUUAUGUAAGAUUGCACAAGGGUCAGACAAUUGAUGAUAUAAGUGAAGGUUUACUGGAGGAUUGUGCUCAGCUUGUCAAAGCAAACUCCAUCCAAGGCAACAAGGUGAACAAUGUUGACGUCGUAUACACUCCAUGGCACAAUCUAAAGAAAAGUGCUUCUAUGGAUGUUGGCCAAGUUGGUUUUUACAAUUCAAAAAUGGUACGCACUGUGAGAGUGGAGAAGCGAAUAAAUGAGAUAGUUAAUAGAUUGAACAGGACAAAAGUAGAAAGGAAACCAGAUUUAAAAGCUGAGCGAGAAGCAGUUAAUGCAGCAGAAAGAGCUGAGAGAAAACUUCAGCUGAGAGAUAAAAAACGUAGGGAAGAAAUGGAAAGGCUUGAAAAAGAGAGACAAGCAGAGAUAAGGAGCUACAAGGGUUUGAUGGUCUCUGAAAAGAUGACUUCUAACAAACAGAUUGCAUCAGCAAACAAGUCGUUGCAAGAACUGGAAGACGACUUCAUGUAAACGCAUGGUAUGGUGUUGUUCCAUUGGUUGCAAAAACUUUGCUGCCCAAACCAAAGUUGGAAAUUUGGAAUUUCUUCUCUUUAUGAUUCUUAAUUGCUCCCCUUCAAAUGAAUCGCCUCAGUCCUAAAACUAGUUAUUAAUAUCAAAUGAGAAAAGAUAAAAAAGAAAAAGGGAUUUGCAACUAGUAACUAUAUGUACUGUAAGAUAAUAAAUCUAAAUUUUCAUUGAUGGCCUAUUAAUACUUUUUGUAUUCUGAUCUAUAAAACAAAAUGUGUUUGUUAUUUUGGUUUGGUGAUUGGUUUUA